AUGGCAUUGAAAGAACCUGUGUACGGCAAGAAUGUCAUCCUGAAGAGUUAUCUCACUCGCGAGCAGUGGCAAUUGUAUCAUGAACAGAUAACCACCAAUACUUCACUUGGUCAUGGAGCAUUCGGCGAAGUGUUCAAAGGAACGCUCACUCUUGGGCUCUUCACGAAACCGGUAGAAGUGGCAGUCAAGACUUUGAAGAACGGCACUUUAAAUAGUGAUGACAGGUGCGUUCUUACAUUUCUUUUCCACUGCAUAUAUGAUUGA